UAGCAAUGGAGUUCACAGUUCUCCAUUUAGUGAAUGAGCCGCUAUUAUUAGAAAAUCGCAUAUAAAUCGUUUCCAGCCAAUAACUGGAGAGAACUGUCCAAAACUCAGAAAUGUAACAUUUUUUUUAAUAUAUAUAUUCUAUCAAAGGACUAAUUCUGUAAAACUAUUUUCAGGUUGUUGGUGUUCUGUUGUCGAUAAAGUUGGUUGAGAACACAUCCUACAAUGUGUCACAUGAGGAGCUGCUCAGCUGACAGGAAGAGUUGCAGUAGCUGGCAACAUGGUGAGAAUGUCUGCAUGAAAACUGAUACAAAGGGUUCCAUUUAUAUAAACACAGAAUAUUCAUAAUAAUAGUAUGAUCUAGUGCGAGGAAAACAGACACAUAAUGAGAAUAGGAAGGUUUAUUUAAACACUUUUCUUAACAUUCACAAUGGGUGUGAUGCUCUGUGCUGAAUGGGGGGCUGCUCAUUGUUUGUAUGGGUUUGUGAUGGUUUGUUUGCAUGGAGAGAGAUUAAUUUACCAUAAUUUAUUCAGUGGGUAUGUGAAGGAUUUGACAAACUUACACACCCCAAGAAAAAAAGAAUUACAUAUUGCAUUUAAUAAUGGCAGAAUGGGAUGCAGUGUAAGUAGAUGUCAGCAGUAAUGCUUAGUGUAUACAGCUUUUCUAAGCUAUGAUAUGUUGAUUAUGUUAAUGUUGUGAUGUUGAGAAAUAGAGGGUUAUGGUUGUAGAUGAAUUUAGUGAGAUGUUCUGUUGAUGGUGUUCCAGCUGCAGUAUCUUUUUGUACCUUUUGAAACUCUGAGAUUAACAUCAUUUUAAGACCAAUAAAAUGAGUGUUUUAUGCUUGAGCAUAACAUCAAUGUUAAGACAUUCUCAAGAAGCAGCAAAAGCCAAGUGUAUCUCAGAUUAUUUUGUAAUAUUUUACUGUAUUGUGCAUGUACAAAAAAAAGGGUGUUGGGUUAAUGAAUACCUCUCACAGCAUCUCUUUUAAGAUAUAUGAUCCUCAUAUUUUACAGAACCAUUGAGUUAACAACAUGGUUUUUCACUUAACUGGAAACUGUGUGCAACUGACAAUGGGAAUUGCAUAUUUUUUUAGCUGAUUUGGAAAAAUUAUUCAACUAUCUUUGCAGCUUAGAUAUUUUUGUCUAACAAUUGCAAUCCUGUGAGUACAUCGCAGGGGUUUCCAAAAGUUAGAUCUCCAAACUACAGCUCCCUUGAUGCUUUGUAUGUCUUUAGAAUACUUUAGAAUGACAAUGCAUCAUGGGAGUUGUAGUUUUAUAACAUCUGAGAUCUACCUUUUGAGUACCCCUGAUAUAUUGUAUACGGUAAUCAUGUGCCUUUUCUCCAUAAUAAAUUAAACCCCUGGGACACGCUAUAUUCAUAAUUGAAACAUUCCAUGUCUUUAAUUUGUUUAUUUCUCUGACCCCUUAACCAACCAUAGUUGUACUGCAUAUGGUACCAUUGUUAAUAGUCAUCCAACUUAUUUUACAGAGGUUCCGAUUUUGUGGUGAUCUGGACUGCCCUGACUGGGUCCUGGCAGAAAUUAGCACCCUUGCUCGAAUAGUGAGUAAUCCCUAAUCUCAUUCUCCUAGGUGGAGAUUUGUCAACUUUGUGUAACCAGCACAAAUAUAAUUAUAUAAUAAUAUGUGUGCAUUUCAUCUUAAUGGGGCACUGUUACCAAUUCAAUUAGAUAAUGUUGUUAUGGUGCACAGUGUCCAUUUUAAUACUUAAUAGGUCUUUUCAGUUGUAUGCUUUUUGUUGUAUUAUUCAUAACUCCCAAGCAUUUCAAUUUAUUUAUGUAAUGCAUUUGUCCACAGUCCUCUGUUAAGUUGAAGCUGAUUUGUGCCCAGGUAUUGAAAGAACAACUUGGAGAGAAAAUUGAUGUAAGUAUUACCUUUGUGCUGAAUUUAUCCAAUGUAAUUUUGAAUUUUAUAUGGAAGUAACACCCUUGUUAAACUUGUUACAUUUGAAGUGAGUUCUCAAGUAUCAGACUUUAUUUGGGACUGUAAUUUUGGAAGAAAUGCUCUAGAACAGGGGUAAGACAUUUUUCGGCACUCCAAAUAUUGUGGACUACAUCUUCCAUUAUGCUCUUAUUGUCACAAUGCUGGCAAAGCAUCAGGGGAGAUGUCGUCCAAAACAUCAGGAGUGCUGAAGGUUGCCUUACUAUGCUCAGAAGAGAACAUUUAACCUUUUAAUUGUGGCUUCUCACUUAUUCACCAACUAUUCUUCCAUUGUACUUUACACUGUUAUCUCUACUUCUAGAUCAUAACUCUUGUGGCUUAAUUGUUCGUAAACUAAACACGGUUUUAUAUGAUGAUUGUGUGGCUGAUACCAAUUUUUUUUCUUCCUAACUCACAGUAUGAAAAAAUCUUGAAGCUGACAUCAGAUGCACGGUUUGGUGAGGUUCAGCCAUUUAUCACCUGUUUUCUCUUCAGUGUGAACUGUGAUUGUCUUUGUAAUUUAUAGACAUCCAAAACAUGUAUCAAGUAUCCUUCCCUCACUUCCAAAUAUAAUAUCUGUUGCUGCCACUUGAACUCUACCUUCAUAGCAUCUUAAAUGCUAAGCUUACUAAGCUUUUAAUGUGGCAUCUGCGUUCUACGUGAACAACUUGGGCUGAACACUCUUCUUAGAGACUGUGUUUUUGCCAGAAGCUAAACAUAGUCUGGUUCACUGAACAGUGAACAGUGCUAUGUGCAAACUGGUGAACAGUACGGCUGCUAUCAUUUUGAAGACCAGUUCCCCUUAUCCUAAGUGAUGAGUGUAACUGCUUUUGGAGGAAUUAUUUAAAGGUAACUCUUUAUUCAUUGUAUUUUUUUUAAAUGUGCAGCACUGCCUCAGGAAGCACCUGAGGGGUGGCUAGUGGAGUUAUCCCUAGGCUGUAAUGUAGACUGUGUUUACAGCAAAAAGCCUCAAGGGAAUGAUUCUACUCAGCAGAACAAAUACAUUAAGCUGUAGUUGUUCUGGUGACUAUAGUGUCCCUUUAAAAUAAUCUGUCCCCCACCCCCAACCUAACUCCUAAAUCUAAAUAAAACUACUCAGCCAUAUAACAACAUGCUUUGGAUUGGAGAUUUGCAUUUCAUUGGAUUGGACACUGACUAAAAAUAACAAAGUACUGGACAGGGGAUUGAUCUUUUAUUUGCUGGAGAAGCCAGUUUUCUGUAUCUAAUGAAAGGUAAGUUUGCAUGGCUUCAUUUUUGUGGAAAUGCAUUUAUGUGCAACAAUUAAUAAAAUGUAUUUUUGGACAAAAAUUCCUUUUAUAUUCUUUAUUUUGAUAUUGCAGUGAGCAUGACCCCCUCCACAUUUCCUCUUCAGAAUUCUGCUCACCUAUUUAUGUAACACUAUUUUUAUUUUUUUAUGUCUGCAGAAUCUGGUGACAUUAAAGCCACAGUCUCAGUCCUAUCCUUUAUUCUGUCAAGCGCAGCCAAACAUAAUGUGAGCAGUGACAACUUAUCCAGUGAGCUUCAGCAACUAGGUCUGCCCAAAGGUGAGAGAACUGCAGUAUAUCAUCCUGAACCACCCAUAGUAGAAAGAAUAAGACUGACUUUUUAAAACACAUUUUUCAAUAGGUCUUUAUCUUUCAACAAUGCACAACGUGUAUCAUAAUAAAUUUCUAUUGUAAUGCAGUGAAUUUAUAACCUAGAUAAGUGCUCGAACUUCUUCUGAAUGUGUGGAGAAUAAAUGUGAAUCUGUUAAAAAUAAACAUAGACACACAACUCCUAGUUUUGAAUUUCAUUUAUUAAUUCUAGAACAUGCAGCAUCGCUGUGUCGAUCGUAUGAAGAUAAGCAAAGUGCUCUGCAAGAGACAUUGAGGGAGAGCAGUCUACGCUGUGAGUAUUGACCUGUUUGGACCUUCACAUGAAGACAAAAACAUUAAAUAUUCAUCAUAAUUUGUAUAAAUGUCUAAAAAAAAAAAAAAAAAGUGCAUGUUUUAACACAGGCCUGAGUAACUUCAUUUUCUUUAGAAAACACUGACUGUUUAUAUCUUCGUGUCAUGGUUUUAGAUUCAUGCCUUUCAUUUAAUAUGUCGACAGUGUUUUAAUAUACUGCUAACACCAUAACCAUAAUAUAUCGUUUUUAUAAAUGCUAUUUACAAGCUUUCACCAACUCCAUAGAGAAUUAGUUAGCAGUGUUUGUUUAAUGUUGUCUUUGUCCUUUCAGUGACACGCAUGUCUUCAUUGAGCUGGCGGGUUGACCAGACACUUGGUUCCAGUGUCCUACAGAAUGUGAACGAGCCCCUUGUGCACCUUAACCUGUCAUUGGCAGAUGCUGACCUUCCCAGACCUGUCACUGUGACAUUGUCUGCCACUAAACUGCGAGUUCUGUUGACUGGUGAGAUUUACUGUGAUAAUACUGGGCAAGAUACUAGUAUAGACUUCAGUAAAAUGUAUAUCUCCCUUGUGUCAUACAGUCAUCAAUCAAUCAUUUUUAUUUAUUUAUUUUUUAUAACUUUUUUUUUUUUUAUCAUGGGGGUGGGCUUAGCAUCUACUGCUGCUGGGAAGGUUAGGAUGUCCAUUUUCUAAUGAAUCUCUCUUUUGUUGUAUGGAUUCAUUUGUUGGUUCCAAAUUUGCAAAGUUCAAAUGUAGGCAGUGUUAAGACACCCCUGGCACAAGGGAGUGAAACCGCCGUUUAGUUGAGCUUCCCCUUUCGCAAUAAUGCAAACUCCGUUCGUUUAGACUCCAACCGUACAAACUACAAUCAGGGGAAUGCGCCAAUCUCCCGAACGGGACUCGUACGGGUGCUCCAACUCCUGAACGGUAAACCCUCAAAUCACUGCUAACAGCUGAGUCAAUAUAUCCUCCAAGCGGCUUACACUUCCAUCAAUCAGUCACUAUUCGUGUGUAGUAAAUUUCCCCCCAAUAACGAGACCAAGCUCCGCGUUGAGGGUAAAACAAGAACUGGCUUUACUGUGGGCUACCCGCCCGUAUUUAUGCAGGUCUCCCACUUGGUGGACACUCCCCUAGGGGACCAAAUGGGAGACUGUAAUGGCAGACAGACAUAUAGCAUGUUAGGACACACAGUCACAGAAUAUUCCCAGCAUGCAUCAUGGUUUCCUCCCCUCUGCCCUGGAGAUAAUUGAGAAGUAAUUCAAUUAUCUCCCAGGACAGAGGCAAAUCGCCAUUUUAAAUGAAACAUAAAAAACACAUAAAAAUGAGUAAUUGUACAAAUACCGAACAUAUUCCAUUUGUGCAACAUAUCCCCAGAUAGCCUGGAUCUGAGUGCAUGUUCUUAGCGAAUAGCGCUCAGAUCCCAUACGCACAGUUCAAUCGCCAUGGAGUCAAAGUCUUUUACAGUCUUUCGGUAUGCGAUUGACUCCAUGGUAAGGCUAUCUGGGUUAAGUCCAUUCAUGUAGUCCAAACUCCCGAACGGCCAAUGUUCACAUGCCUUUGUCGACUGAGAAGGGCGAUCUAUGGUUUUAGCGGUGUUCGGCAGAAAAAGUGUGCGUUUUUUAGUUCCAUAGAAUCUGUGCCGGACACCACUGGUCUUUUGCAUGGUUUAAAAUGGCCACCGCCUCGUGGUCGACAUACAAACGACGACCACCCUGUAUUCAGUUAUAAUUAAGAGGUGUCUGCGGUUAACCACAACGUUCUAAUUGGGAUCAAGAGGUUAACCAGCAGCACACUUCUCUUCUGGGUGGCCGUCCGUUCGGGAAGUUCAUUCGGUGAAAAGUGAAACAAACGAAUAGGGGUAUACGGACAGGUAAUUCCGCGAACAGAGGCAAAACAGACGAACCAGCAAUCUGUCUAUACAGAUGGCUCUGUCACAGGCAGAAACUGAGUGGUGUUAAAUUUUAAAUUCCUAAACUGCCUAAAAUCUGCUCAAUUUAGUAUCUCUUCUAACUUUUUUUUAAAAAUAUAUAAUAAGGAUGAUGAUGAUAAUAAAAGUAGUGUGUAUAGCCCUUAUCAGCAACCAAAGGCUCUUAAUCUGACCUAAACACCUGAUAUUUAGCAGACCGUGGAGUAGAUUAUUUUUGCUGUACUGGGAAAACACUCUUGGGUUACGUCACUAAAAAAUAGCCACACUUUGACCAUAAAAAAAGGCUUGAGGUGGAGAAUAUGGCCUAAAAUCGGGAAAAUCUGACAAUAGCCAGUUAAGUGGAUAACACCAAAUGUAUCUUGAUUAAUGUUUUAAGAUAAAUGUAAAAUUAACCGUUACUAAUGUUACUGUUGCUUAUAUUGUUAUUAAAGAAACACUCCAAGCACCAUAAACACAUAGUGCAAUGUAGUACUUAUGGUACCUAGAGAUUCCUGGUGCUCAGUGCUCCCUAGAUAUAAAAAAUAAAUAAAACGUGGGUAAACAAUUUGACUACUUGGGGGGAGGGGCUGGGCAUACCUGGCACCACAACUACUACAGUGUUUUGUCAGAGUGUUUCUUAAAUACUGAUUUGUACAUAAUGCAACAAUUUUAAACAGUCUCUGCAUAAAUAAACUUUGUUCUUUGUUUGCAGAGCUGAAACAAGCCCUGGAAAUGAUGAAUGCCUUGAACUGAUCCAGAGGAAUUUGCUGCCCGUUCUGUGCAAAAUAAUAUUUGUAAAGCAAUAUCAGAUUCUAAUGACUCCAACAGAGAGAGACUUUGAGAAUAACUGAACAGAACCUUUACCAAGGCUCAUCAGAAAAGCAAGAGACUCCUUUUCACAAAGCUCUUCCACGCAGUGCAGUAUUCAUGGUAUGGAGCUGUACAACGCAUUAACUCUUUGUACUGCUCACUGAAUAGGUCCUUGUGAAGAAUGGUGUGGCAUUACAAGUCAGUAGCUGCAGUCUUUUGUUUUCUUGGAAGAUGUCCCACCAAGUCUGUAAUCCUUAGCUGAAGGAUUGAACAAAUCAUAUGGCCGCAUUGCGUAUCCAAUACAGACCUAAGCUCCAUCGUCUUGUGCAUUCUUGGAAAUUUCAAGAGUUGUUUCAGGCAUAUGAACAUUCCUUCCAUAUAUGUGUCAUUAUAUACAUCUGGUAUACAUUUCUAUAUAUUAUACCACUAGUGCAGGGAUAUUGGUAUAGAUUAUCUUUAUUCCUCAAUGUUCAUUCCAUUGAGUGAAUUUAUAUAUAUAAUUAAAAUAGUUA